UCCUUUCCUUCCUUUUUAAUCGAAUCUUUCUCCACCCCGUGUCCUCUUUCACAUUGUAUAACAUCUCUCUUCUUACCUUAUCUCAUCGUCUCCCUGUUUCAAGAAACAAAAACAGACACUCCGAUCAUUUCGCCCCUAUCAGACUGUGACUCCUUUGUAGGUCACAACAACAUAUUUGCGCUCAACAUUGCCUAGACCAACAAUGGCCAGACACACCUCGGUCGACUCCGAAAGGCCUAUCAUGGCGCAGUCCAACCGGACAUCGAAGAGAUUCUCGACUGUGAGCGGAAGCCCCUCAGUUGCGUCAUCAGACCUUUCGAGCCUGCCUAGUGGAGAUCCCCGCCUCGCCGACUUCCAUCACCUGCGCGAUGGCUUGGAACGCUUGGAAAACAAGCCCCUUCUGAAACAGCGAUUUGUUCCCACACCCGAAAAGACCGAUAAUCUGAGCAAAUUGGCUCUGGGAGCAAAGGUCGAGCGCGCUCUGGACCGAAGAAUGACGGGCCAGGAUGCCAUCAUGCGCGAGCCCACCUUGAACGAGAAAGCUGUUGUCGAGUCGACUGCGUCGCAUUGAUAUGACCUCAAAUACUUUCGUAAAGAUGUCGACUGGAUUUCCCGCAUGAUUGUUAUGGUUUUUUGUGAUCGAAUUCUCGCACCGUACCCUUGGGGUUUAAGCCUCUUGUUUUCCCCGUUGCUGCGACGGAAUCCUAUGAAACGCGUCUGAUACCUAUCAUUUUCUGGAUGUGAAGCCUGUCUAAUAUCUGUUUUCAUACCCCUGCCUCGAGCUAGCUGUUCUGUUUCUGCGAGUUUGACGCCCCUUGCGGCUGCCAAUACAAUUCUUUGUUCUUUUUCUCCGGUUUACAGGUCCUUUGCACUUGAACGAGCUAUAUGACCCCUGGAAUAACCUAUGUUAUGCUUGGAAGGUGGUUUGUGUUUCCUCAGAUCAGUGGCCGCAUAAAUUGAGUUCUGAUAAAGGCGAC